AUGCUUCAUUUGGUGAAACCGGUAGUGCGGUUUAGCAGGUCAUAUGGAGUUGCUAGGAGCGCUUUGAGUGGACAGAGAGCGUUUGGUGGGCAGCAUGCGGUACUGAGGGUUGGUUUAAUGCGCAGUUUCCAUCAUGGGCGAGUGAACUGGCUUCAGAAUCGGUUUGAGAGGGAGGCCAACGAUGAUGAUGUGGAAAAGGUGAGGAAGGAAGUGUGGGAGUAUAUCGACGAUUUAAACAAGAACAAGAGCCUUGGGAUGGAGGAGCGGAAGCGUAAAAUUGAGGAGCAGUUGCAGAGAUUGGAAGAAGCUGUGAAGAGGCAGCAGGAACAAAAUGAUGAGGGGAGUAAGAAGCAGCAAAGAAAUGAAGAAGAAGAAGAAGAAGAAUCGAAGCAGCAGCAGCAACAGAAAAAGAAGGAUCAAUCCCAAUCGCGGUCCAAUCCCAACUUCACUCCAAACGACCCCAACAUGAUGACGGUUAAUAUCAAUAUGUUCAAAAUUGGGCUGACACUAACGAUUUUGGCAUACCUUUUGCAUAGAGUGAAUACGAUGGAAGAGCAACGAGAAAUUACAUGGCAAGAGUUCCGCAAUAAGCUCUUGGUUAAAGGUUACGUGUCGAAGUUGAUUGUUAUAAACAACAAUUUGGUGAAAGUUGUGUUGAAUGACAACGGGAAGAACCAACCCGAGAACAUGGGCCACGAUUUCUACUUCUUUACUAUUGGUUCAGUUGAAUCGUUCGAGCGUAAAUUGAAGAAGACCCAGGACGAAUUGAAUAUUGCUGAAGACUUCAGAAUUCCUGUUUUAUACACAAGAGAGGGAAACUGGGUCAAGGUUGCAUUCCAAAUUUUGCCUACUGCUCUUUUAAUCGCAGGUUUGAUUUGGAUCACUACCAAGGGCGCUUCUGCUGCAGGUGGUGGCCCUGGUGGGUUGUUCAAUGUGCGUAAAUCAAAGGCUAGAAGGUUCAAUAAGGAUACCGACGUCAAGGUCAAUUUCAAAGAUGUGGCCGGUUGUGAUGAAGCAAAGGAAGAAAUUAUGGAAUUUGUCAGCUUUUUGAAGGAGCCAGCCAGAUAUGAAAAAAUGGGUGCCAAGAUCCCCAGAGGUGCUAUCUUAUCUGGACCUCCAGGUACUGGUAAGACUCUAUUAGCGAAGGCUACUGCUGGUGAAGCUGGCGUACCGUUCUACUCUGUGUCAGGUUCGGAAUUUGUUGAAAUGUUUGUCGGUGUUGGUGCAUCAAGAGUCCGCGACUUGUUCAAGACAGCAAGGGAAAACGCGCCUGCAAUUAUUUUUGUUGAUGAAAUCGAUGCAAUCGGUAAGGCCAGACAAAAGGGUAACUUUUCUGGUGCCAACGACGAAAGAGAAAACACUUUGAACCAGCUUUUGGUCGAAAUGGACGGGUUUACUACGGCCGAUCACGUUGUCGUUUUGGCCGGUACUAAUAGACCGGACGUGUUAGAUCAAGCAUUGAUGAGACCAGGAAGAUUCGAUAGACAUAUCAACAUCGACAGACCAGAACUAGCUGGCCGUAAAGAAAUUUUCAAAGUGCAUCUAAAGAAAAUCACCCUUGCAGGUGAUCUGGAAGACUUACAGAACAGACUAGCCACAUUGACACCAGGGUUCUCAGGUGCUGAUAUUGCAAACGUCUGUAACGAAGCUGCAUUGAUCGCUGCUAGAAAUGACUGCGACUCCGUGAAACUAGAGCACUUCGAACAGGCCAUCGAGAGAGUCAUUGGUGGUGUUGAAAGAAAGUCGAAACUACUUUCUCCCCAAGAAAAGAAGGUCGUUGCCUACCACGAAGCGGGACACGCCGUAUGUGGCUGGCAUCUAGAGUUUGCUGAUCCAUUACUAAAGGUCAGUAUCAUCCCUAGAGGACAAGGUGCUUUGGGUUACGCCCAAUAUCUACCAGGAGACGUGUAUCUACUCUCAGAACAGCAGUUGAAGGACAGAAUGACAAUGGCCCUUGGUGGUCGUGUUUCGGAAGAACUUCACUUCCCAAGCGUCACAUCGGGUGCCAGUGAUGACUUCAAAAAGGUUACCCGUAUGGCAACAGCAAUGGUUACUGAAUUGGGUAUGAGCGACAAGAUUGGCUGGAUCAACUUCGCCAAGAAGAGCGAAAACGAUCUAACGAAGCCAUUCUCAGAGGAAACCGGUGCUAUUGUUGAUGCAGAGGUUUACCGUCUCGUCCAAGAAUGCCACGAUCGCUGCACCAAGCUCUUGAAGGAAAAGGCAGACGAAGUAGAGAAAAUCGCCCAGCUAUUGCUGGAAAAAGAAGUGCUAACAAGAGAAGACAUGAUUAGACUUCUAGGAAAACGUCCAUUCCCAGAGCGUAAUGACGCGUUCGACAAGUACUUAAAUGAACGUGAAACGAAGAAAAUCCGUGAACAAGAAGAGAAGAGCGAUGCAAAAAACAAGGAUGACUCACAUAAAGAGGAGAACAAGAACGAUGAGAACGACAAGAACAAUAACAAAAACAAAAACAACGAAAAAAACGAGAACGACAAGGACAAGGACACUAACAAUGAUCCCAAUGUGCUUUGA